GCUGUCGUAUUGGAAGGCGCACGCUUCCAUUGGACGCGGUCAUGUGUGCGUGGUGACGCGUAUCGUGGCGGUGCGGGUCCCGAUUGCUGCAGCCGCUUGUCAGUGUGACGAAGAUUGGCACCCAGAAAAUUUGGACUAAGAUAUGAUGAUUUGACUUAUGAGAGUCCUUGGUGAACAUGAUGGCAACACAGACAUUAAGUAUAGACAACUAUCAAGAUGGACAACAGCAGAUGCAAGCAGUAACUGAGUUAAAAACUGAGCAGGAUCCAAACUGCCUGGAACCAGAUGCAGGGGGACUGAGUCCUUCUCCAGUAGAGUCCCAGACACCGAUGGAUGCAGACAAACAGGCCAUUUACAGGCAUCCACUCUUUCCUUUAUUAGCACUAUUAUUUGAAAAAUGUGAACAAUCUACACAGGGAUCAGAAGGCACAACCUCUGCCAGUUUUGAUGUAGAUAUUGAAAACUUUGUCAGGAAGCAGGAGAAAGAAGGAAAACCCUUUUUUUGUGAAGACCCAGAAACAGAUAAUUUAAUGGUAAAGGCAAUUCAGGUUCUCCGAAUUCAUCUGCUUGAGCUAGAAAAGGUUAAUGAGCUCUGUAAGGAUUUCUGUAGUCGCUACAUUGCCUGUUUGAAAACUAAAAUGAACAGUGAGACUCUUCUAAGUGGAGAAUCUGGGAGCCCUUAUUCACCUGUACAGCCCCAGUCCAGCAACUUUAAACAUGAUAAAGAUAGCUUGGAUUUGCUGGAGCAGCUGUCUUCAUGGAAAGAGCCACCAGAAAAUCCAAUUCAAAGUGCCAUCACAGGUACACUCAGUCCCCAAGGAAUUAUGGUGCCUGCAUCAGCAUUGCAGCAGGGAAAUGUAACUAUGGCAACUGUUGCAGGUGGUACAGUAUAUCAGCCUGUGACUGUGGUCACACCUCAAGGUCAAGUAGUGACACAAGCCUUGUCACCUGGAACAAUCAGGAUCCAGAAUUCACAGCUCCAGUUACAGUUAAACCAGGAUUUAAGCAUCUUGCAUCAAGAUGAUGGGUCAUCAAAAAAUAAAAGAGGAGUUCUUCCAAAGCAUGCUACGAAUGUGAUGAGGUCGUGGCUUUUUCAGCACAUAGGGCAUCCAUAUCCAACAGAAGAUGAGAAGAAGCAGAUAGCAGCACAAACAAAUCUGACAUUACUCCAGGUUAACAACUGGUUUAUCAAUGCCAGGAGACGAAUUCUCCAGCCAAUGUUGGAUUCCAGUUGUUCUGAAACUCCUAAAACAAAGAAGAAAACAGCUCAAAACCGACCAGUUCAAAGGUUCUGGCCAGACUCCAUUGCAUCAGGAGUAGCUCAGCAUCAAUCAAAUGAACUUACAAUGUCAGAUGGAGCCGUUGUUACAAUUACAGCUCCAGUCAACAUGAAUGUAGACAGUCUCCAGUCUCUUUCAUCAGAUGGUACUACUUUGGCUGUUCAGCAAGUCAUGAUGGCGGGGCAGAGCGAGGACGAAUCUGUAGACAGCACUGAAGAUGAUGGUGCAGACCUCUCAACCACAAACAUCAGUGGUCUUGUCUUGGAUAACAGUGAUUCUCUGCAGUAGGAAGCAAGAAAAGCUGGCUUAAAUGUUUAGGAAAAACAAUGGACUCACUGACUUUUUAUAGUUUGCACAGCAAACAUUUUACACAAGUUUUAUUUCUAAUAUGUUUUAUAUGUAGAUAUAGAAGAGUGCACUUUUUUGUAUUUCAUAGUAAGCUUAACGAGUGUCUUUGCAGGUGCAGCAACUUCUUUCAAAUGUGUUGUUCUUUUGGUUUUAAUUUUGAAAAUGUAAAUCUAGUAAUUUAAAAAAAAAAGACCACAACAAUAUCACCCCAUUCUUUUCUUAGGGUAACUUUCUCGGUCACAAAAUUGAUCCCAGAUCAACCUGCCUGAGGAAAGUACAGCAGUUGUAGGGCAAGGUGAUGAUUGUUUUGAUGGCUGCGUUAUUUUUUUAAAAAACUCAGCAUGAACUUAAAAAUCAGCCUACAGUUGUCAUCUGGCCCAAGGUUUGUUGUUAUCUGACAUCUUGAAGUCUGCUGCAAUUUUGUGACCUAUGAAAUUGCCUUCAUAGGAGAAAUGAAAGUACUUCCUAUCUCCUGCAUUAAUGAUGCAGUUUCAAUUAGUGCUGUCAUUCAAAGACAAUUUUUGGUGGUUUAACAAUAUAAAUGUAAAGCAUGUCAAACUAGUGUAUGGGCUUUGUUUAUGGAGUUAGUCAUGUAGAUUUGAAAGAUGCUUCUGCACCUUAAAAACAAACAAAACAAAACUGCCAGUUGGAAAUGGGCAACCGAACAUGCAAAAGAAAAUGGAGAUGUGUGAUUCCAGUAAUGACUAUAUAAGUUUAAGUUCUCUCAUAGAGUUCUUAGAUGGAAUCUUCAAGGUUCCUGCUUCCAUGUAAAGUUGUCACAGGCACAGCUUCUUCCACAUGUUUUCUGCCUCUAGUCCUUUGCCUGCCCUGCCCCCCCUCCCAUUUUGGCCUGUGGCAUGCCUGGAACCCUGCUAGCUGCACUUGUGAGGAGUGGGGUCAGACCAAAGGAUCGAUGUAAAGUAGGACAAGAUGUGCAGCUGCUGUCUCAAUCCAUCUGGUGGCAAAUUUAAAGGUAUAGGGAGAAUCUCUAGGUUGUAACCUGAUAGCCCUACUCAUAGCCAGUGGCUCUGUUCAUCAUUUGCUAUAAAACACUUAUUUUUACCUUAUCAGGAUUAUUGGAUUAAAAAUAUUUUUAUAAAUUCUCUAAGAAUUGGGAUGACUGUAUUGCGCAUGAAAAAAAUUGUUUAGUACUCCCAUUUGGAAGGUUAUAAAGACUGUCCGGAUUGAAUAAAACAUGCCUGUGCUAUA